GUCCCGGAGCGGGCUGGAGCGCUGCGCGGCGGGGCGAUGAGCGGCGCCCGGGCCCCGGGCCCCGAGGCCGGCGCCGAACCCCCCGGCGCGGCGCUGAGCGUGGACGUGGCGGGGCUGGUGGCGCAGUUGGCGCGCAGUUUCGCGCUGCUGCUGCCGGUGUACGCGCUGGGCUACCUGGGCCUGAGCUUCAGCUGGGUGCUACUGGCGCUCGGGCUGCUCGUGUGGUGCCGCAGGAGCCGCGGCCUCAAGGCCACCCGUCUGUGCCGCGCGCUGGCGCUGCUGGAGGACGAGGAGCGCGCCGUGCGCCUGGGGGUGCGCGCCUGCGACCUGCCGGCCUGGGUUCAUUUUCCAGACACUGAAAGAGCAGAAUGGCUAAAUAAGACUGUAAAACACAUGUGGCCUUUUAUUUGCCAAUUUAUAGAGAAGUUAUUUCGAGAAACCAUAGAGCCGGCCGUGCGGGGAGCACACACCCACCUCAGCACCUUCAGCUUCACGAGGGUUGACGUGGGGCAGCAGCCCCUCAGGAUCAAUGGUGUUAAGGUGUAUACUGAAAAUGUGGACAAAAGGCAAAUUAUUUUGGACCUUCAGAUUAGUUUUGUAGGAAAUUGUGAGAUUGAUUUGGAGAUCAAGCGAUAUUUUUGUAGAGCUGGUGUGCAAAGUAUACAGAUUCAUGGUACAAUGCGGGUGAUCCUGGAACCACUGAUUGGAGACAUGCCCUUAGUGGGAGCUUUGUCUAUCUUCUUCCUUAGGAAGCCACUUUUAGAAAUUAAUUGGACAGGACUGACUAAUCUUCUCGAUAUCCCCGGAUUGAAUGGUUUGUCAGAUACUAUCAUUUUGGACAUAAUAUCAAACUACCUGGUGCUUCCCAACCGAAUCACGGUUCCUCUCGUCAGCGAAGUUCAAAUAGCACAGUUGCGGUUUCCUAUACCAAAGGGUGUCCUGAGGAUACACUUUAUUGAAGCUCAGGAUCUUCAAGGAAAAGACACUUACCUUAAGGGACUUGUCAAGGGGAAGUCAGACCCCUAUGGAGUGAUUCGAGUUGGCAACCAAAUCUUCCAAAGCAAGGUCAUCAAGGAGAACCUCAGUCCAAAGUGGAACGAGGUGUACGAGGCUCUGGUCUAUGAACAUCCCGGACAGGAAUUAGAGAUCGAGCUCUUUGACGAAGACCCAGACAAGGACGACUUCCUCGGAAGUCUUAUGAUUGAUCUUAUUGAAGUUGAAAAGGAGCGCCUUUUAGAUGAAUGGUUCACCCUGGACGAGGUCCUCAGAGGAAAGCUGCACUUGAAACUGGAGUGGCUCACUCUCAUGCCAGACGCUUCAAACCUCGAGAAGGUGCUGACAGACAUCAGAGCUGACAAAGAUCAAGCCAAUGACGGGCUGUCCUCCGCGCUGCUCAUCUUGUACUUGGACUCAGCCAGGAACCUCCCGAGUAACCCAUUAGAAUUUAACCCUGAUGUCUUGAAGAAGGCUGCAAUUCAGAAAGCUUUAAAGUCAGGGAAGAAAAUAAACAGCAACCCAAAUCCUCUUGUCCAAAUGUCAGUUGGUCACAAGGCCCAGGAGAGCAAGAUUCGGUACAAAACCAAUGAACCUGUGUGGGAGGAAAACUUCACUUUCUUCAUUCACAAUCCCAAGCGCCAGGAGCUCGAGGUGGAGGUGAAAGAUGAGCAGCACCAGUGUUGCCUGGGGAGCCUGAGGAUCCCUCUCAGCCAGCUGCUCACCUGCGAGGACAUGACCCUGAACCAGCGGUUCCAGCUCGGUGACUCAGGCCCCAACAGCUCGCUGAAGAUGAAGCUCGCCCUCCGGGUACUCCACCUUGAAAAGCAAGAAAGGUCUCCAGACCACCAGCACUCAGCUCAAGUAAAGCGACCCUCUGUUUCCAAGGAAGGGAGAAAAAUAUCUGUCAGGUCUCAGAUGUCUGCAUCGCCAGGCACUGGUGACAGCAGCACAGCCCCAUCCACGCCGGUCAUCGGGGGCUGCGAUAAUAAGCCAGGUGUGGAAGAGAGAGCCCAGCCUGCAGAGGCCAGCCCGCAGGGGCCGCGGGACCUGGGCAGAAGCGCCUCCAGCCUCCAGGCCGGCAGCACUGGCUCCCCCAGCCAUGUCUCUGCCAAGGAGCCCACCCCAAGCAUCGCCUCAGACAUCUCGCUGCCCGUUGCCACACAGGAGCUGCGACAGAGGCUGCGGCAGCUUGAGAAUGGGACGACCCUGGGACAGUCCCCGCUGGGGCAGAUCCAGCUGACCGUCCGGCACAGCUCGCAGAGGAACAAGCUGGUGGUGGUCGUGCACUCCUGCAGAAAUCUCAUUGCCUUCUCCGAAGACGGCUCUGAUCCCUACGUCCGCCUGUAUUUGUUACCAGACAAGAGGAGGUCAGGAAGGAGAAAAACACACGUGUCAAAGAAAACGCUGAACCCCGUGUUUGAUCAGAGCUUUGAUUUCAGUGUCUCGUUGCCGGACGUGCAGAGGAGAACCUUGGACGUGGCCGUGAAGAACAGCGGUGGCUUCCUGUCCAAAGACAAAGGGCUUCUCGGCAAAGUCCUGGUCGGUCUGGCAUCUGAAGAACUCGCCAAAGGCUGGACCCAGUGGUACGACCUCACGGAGGAUGGGACGAGGCCCCACGUGGUGACGUAGGCUGCGCUGGCCGAGGAGCCCCCCCGCUGUAUCCACCAGUCCCGUGCUGACAUGCAGCCCACACAGACGCACCCAUGCUCUUUUUAUAAUCUCAUAUACUUGGUUACUUGUCCCUUAGUGGUUUUCUAAAACAUUGACGUUUUAGGCGUAUUUGGCCUUUAUUAGCAUUAAGUUUUGUAUGUUUAAUUUCCUCUAGUGUUUGACCAGUUUUUUCGGCGUGUAUAGGAUAGUGGUCAACCGUUGUGUGCAUAAAGCUGUAUGUCAGUUGUCUCUCCUAGGAAGCCGAUAUAUGGUUGUGCUUUUUUAUUGCUUUGUUUUGUAUAUCACUGAGGUGCACUAUGCUGUGUAAAUAGACUAUUUUUUAUAAUCUCUACAUGCUGGUUUGAAUUCAGAAGAAAAUGGAUCAAGGAAAUAUAUAUUUUUUUUCUUCUAAAACUUAUUAAAUUCUUAUGAUAAAUAA